CUUAUCGUUCUACCCUCUCUACUUCUUUGAACAAAACGCACUCAAAAAAUCUACUGUCACUUUAAUUGUCAGUGGAACCAUAAUUACAUCAUCACUGAACUAGCGCAUAUGCAAUUAGCAAAAUAAUUACCUAACUGUCAGAUUCAACCAACUUGUUAUUUUGCCUAGCAACGGUUUCACAUAUACCUAUGUUCUAGUAAAUUAUGGUAAGCUUACCUUAUAAAUAUGGGCCCCAGUGUCAAGAUAAGAUUUCAGUACAUCAGCUACCGCUUGUAAAAGGAAGAGAGUGAUCUCGUCGAAAUUGUGGAACUCGAAAUUAUCUUUACAUACUGUAUUUUGAAUCGAAACACCAGAGGUUUAUAUUCUGAAAUAAAACACCAUAUUUUUUGUACCUUAUAAUUUAAACUUUAGAAAGGUCUAAAGGGCGUUUUUGUACCUAAAUUUAUGUUAAAGAAUUUAUCAAAAUUCUGACUUGAUAAAGCAGUUCUGCGACCAGAUUGUGGUUCAACGUCAAAAAAACUACCAGAAACUACUUAUCCAACACAUUUGAAAAGCAUGGAGUUAUAAAAAAAUCACACCUUAUAACUAACUUAUAGAUUAAAGGAUGAUUAAACACAAUAUUUACCGGUUCUUAUAAUACUACACCUGGCUAAUUGGUUAGACAAAUAACACAAUGACUAAAACAGUAAACUUAACACAUACACACCGUCCUCACAUGACUAAAGUAUUUUUUCAUAUUGUAUCUAUUAAAAACUCCAGGUAGAUAUUUAUUAUUCGGUAUCUUAUCAGUUUCUCAACUUAGAUAAUACUUACACUUCGUCGAAUAGAAUUCUACAGUUGUCCUUCGGCCACCGAUUUUCGAGUGACGGUAUUUUUGAUAAAAACAGACCAAAAUGGAGAAGAAAAAGAAGGAUAAGGAUAAAUCGCCCAAAAAGGGAUUGCGUAUGUCUUUUAGUAAGAAAGUGAGGAGCAAAACUGCGCCAGGUCUUGUCGAGUUGGAAUCAUGGUUCAAAACGAGCAGCACGAAAAAACCACCCGGCCAGAGACCCACGUCCGCUCUGGUAGCGCGGCCGAAUUCGGAGACAGAUAUCGUAGACGUUGACGAAGAAGAUCAGAGAAUCGACGCGAUGGUCGAAAAGGAAGUCAACUCUAAAAUAGAGGAACUGCUGAGCGAUAUGAAUCUAACCGACGACAAGAAAAAACCGUUACGGAUCAUGGCCCUGGAACAAAAGAGAGAAAUGCUCAAAAUGCAUUGCAAGAAGAAGGGCCAACAGGAAACCGGAAGCCGUUUCAACGAUCCAGAAGACUACUACAAAUAUCUCGAUCAACAUAUCAAUUCCGAAUACCCGCAACUGAACAAAUGCAUGAAUUGCAUCGAAAGCCUAAGAGUGGCGCUAGCGAACAAUCCCAUUAGUUGGGUGGUGAAGUAUAGCACCAUUGGCGGCUUGCAGAAGCUCAUACAGGUGUUGGAUAUUGGUGUUAAAAACAAAGACAAUCGACUUCAAAACGAGUGCUUAAAGUGUUUAGAAAAAUUCAUGAAUAAUACUACGGGUUUGAAAGCGUUCUUCAAACAUACUAAAGGCCACGUGAGCGUCGCGAGGUGUCUCGACCAUGAAAAACCACAUGUGAUGAUACAAGCUUUAAAAAUUUUGGCACCCAUUUGCUUCUUGGACGAGAGCGAUGACGAGGUCGGUGUGAAGAAGGUGUUGAAAGCCAUAACGGAGGUGGGUGAAGAGAAACGUCGAGAAAGGUUCUUGCCGAUGGUGAAUGGUAUUACCAAGACCGAUAAUGCUGAGUUACAGAGUAUGUGUUUCCAAUUUAUCAAUGCGCUGCUCAGCGAGACAGAAGAUUACGAAUUUCGGAUGCACCUAAGGAACGAAAUCGUAAGGAAUGGACUCUAUGAAAAAUUGCAACAACUUAGGAACGAGACGAAUCCAGAGCUCAAAACGCAAUUUGAAAUUUUCGAAUCGCGACGGGAAGAUGACGCUGACGAAUUACACGAACGAUUUGACAAAGUUCGUCUGGACAUGGACGACAUGCAGGACUGCUUCGAGGUCCUGAAAAACGUCACGCUGGAUACGCCAUCCGAGCCGUACUUCUUAAGUAUUUUACAACACCUGUUAUUCAUCAAGGAUGACAUAAAUUUAAGGCCUGCAUAUUUUAAAUUGAUCGAAGAAGUAAUCACGCAAAUAGUACUUCACAAGUCCGGUUUGGAUCCCGAUUUCAAGAAAAAUCAUAUAGACAUUGAUCUGCAGCCCCUGUUGGACGAACUCAAAGAUAAACCAAUACAGAUAGACAACGCCGAAAAGGAAAAUUUAAAGAAACAACUUGAAGACGCGUUGGCGGCCAAAUCCGAAGCCGAAGCCAAGCUGGAACUUGCCAUGGGUCGCUCCGGAUCUCUUGAAUCAUCCGGUAAACUAGACCCGGCGCUCGUUAAUAAAAUCAACGUUCCGCCGCAAUCGGGUGCGCCGCCACCGCCUCCUAUGCCCGGAUUCGGCGCUCCACCACCACCCCCAAUGCCCGGCGCUCCCCCACCUCCUCCGAUGCCGGGCGGUUUCGGCCCACCGCCCCCUCCUCCGCCUCCCGGUAUGGGCGGCGGUCCACCACCACCCCCGCCGCCGCCUGGUAUGGGCGGCGGCCCGCCUCCUCCGCCCAUGAUGGGUAUGGGACCCCCACCGCCGCCGGGGAUGGUACCCCUGGUCGGAUUGGCCAGGCCGGACCUGUUGCCGCAUGGUUUGAAACCCAAGAAGAAAUGGGAGGUGAAGGGGCCGUUGAAAAGGGCCAACUGGAAAAUGAUUAUGCCACAAAAAAUGUCAGAAAAGGCGUUCUGGUUGCAAGCAAAAGAAGAGGAAAUGGCCGAACCUGACAUCCUAGAUGGUUUAGCUACAAAGUUCUCCUCGAAACCCGCUAAAAAGAUGGAAGACGUUACUGAUAAAAGUCACUCUACCGGUACAAUGAAGAAAGUCAAGGAAUUGAAAGUUCUGGAUGGCAAAACCGCCCAGAACAUCAGUAUAUUAUUGGGAGGCUCUUUGAAACAUAUGCCAUACGAUGACAUAAGAAAAGCAUUGCUGAGAUGUGACGAAGCUAUUUUAACAGAAAACAUUACAGAACAACUUAUUCAAUAUUUACCACCCGCCGAUCAACUGAGUAAACUACAAAAUUUCAAAGAUUCAUACAAAGAUCUUACCGAGGCCGAACAAUUUUGCGUUAAGAUGUCCGAAGUUAAAAGGCUGAUACCUAGAUUAAAGUCGUUGAGUUUUAAGCAUCAUUACGUAGAAAUGGUGCAAGAUACGAAACCUGAAAUCGUCGCGGCAACUGCCGCUUGCGAAGAGGUAAAGAAAAGUAAAAAAUUCGCAAGGAUUUUGGAACUUAUAUUACUCAUGGGUAAUUACAUGAAUACUGGUAGUAAAAACGCGCAAUGCUUUGGAUUUGAAAUGUCUUUUCUCACAAAGUUAACCGCGACUAAGGACAUUUUGAACAAGCAAACCCUUCUUCAUUAUAUCACAGAAACUAUAGAAACCAAAUGGCCGGAAUUGCUUAAUUUUUACGAUGAAAUACCUCACAUAGACCAAGCUAGUCGAGUGUCGUUAGACACAAUUCAAAAAACUUUAAAACAGAUGGACAGCAAUAUACGAAAUCUGAAAACGGAUUUGACUAACAACAGGGUACCUCAAGGAGACGACGACAAAUUCAUAGAAGUGAUGGAGAAAUUCGCGGAUGAAGCCCGGGAACAGUGCGACAUAAUGGCGAAUAUGUUGAAGAAAGUCGAAAAUCUUUACAACGAUUUAGCCGAAUACUACGCUUUCGAUAAACAAAAGUACACCUUGGAAGAAUUCUUCACCGAUUUGAAGACGUUCAAAGACAGUUUUUGUCAAGCCAGGGCGGACAAUCAGAAAGAGAAGGAGGCCGAGGAGAAAAAGGAGAAAGCGAGGUUAGCGAAAUUGAAACAGGAAAAAGAAAAGGAGGAGAGAAACAAACGAAGGCUGGUAGAUAUGAAUCCAACUGAGACGCAAGAAGGUGUCAUGGACAGUUUGUUAGAAGCACUUUCCACGGGUAGCGCGUUUGGACGAGAGCAGAAAAGACGAAGAGGCCAUCGACCAGCAGGAGCUGAAAGGAGGGCACAAUUAGUUAGGUCGAGAUCAAGGACAGCCUUGAUAAGCGGAAGGGAAUUAACGAGUGAAAUAAUGACGUAAAAACUCGCCUACUACACAACGCACAACGAAUUUGCUAGCUCAAAAUAGAUAGAAAUAAAAAAUUUUAUACCAUUCAUAAUUAUUUAUUAAUUUUGUACAUUGUUUUUCCAUUGUAAAUAAUAGUCUAUAUUUGUGUACCUAUAUUUAGUUUUGAAAUCGCGAAUCUCUUAAUUUUUAUAUUUUAACAGUGUCUGCUAUUUCCAAUGCGCUUUGAUAAAGUCAAAGUAAAAACUACAGAUAAUUAGCAUUAGUGUGAGCAGGAACCUAAUAAUAUCAACGUAGCCAGCCGGCCGCGUGGGAAUAUCUCUCGAUAGCGCACUUUGACAUUAGAAAAGCGUAUUGGAAGUGUUCAAUAGCCGACAUUGUAUUUACACGGAAAUCUGUAGAAAUGUGAUCUGACGUUGUUUUUAUUGCUAGCGCAUUUUCUAUAUUUGAUUAGCUAUUAUGUCGGCACUUUCAUAGGUAUAUCACAGGUUAGAGAUGAUGGUUUGUGCCAAUAAGCUCUGUAUAUUUUACUGGUAAUGAAACUAUUUUAAAAGAAGACAAAACAUCGUCUGCCUCAUCUUCGCGUUUAUUUUUAGUCUUCUUCUUUUCGUAUCUCUUAUCAUAUUUAUAUUCAUAUUAUAAACCACACUUACAGUAGUGCUACCAAAAUCAAACUUCCUAGCAGAUUUUGAGAACUUGCUUCACCGAUUAUACCUCGUCAGCGUAUCUCCCCCUACUUUGUUGUUGCCACACUUAUGAUUUUCCUUUGUGCAUACUGGCUUCGAAAGCCACGAGAUUCUGUCUGCUGUAGCUGAGGUGGCUUGGCUGAGUGCUUUCUUAAACGAAAAUUGAAGUUCGGUUAUAUUAUGGGUAUAUAGAGAUAGAUAGUAACAGAUUUGUAAAUGUUACUAUACAUUUGUUACUUUCUAUCUCUAAAUUACAGAACACCUCUGGACCCACUUGCAACUUUAGAGCAGUUCUACCCAGUGGCGAAGCUUUCACUGAUGCGGGUGGUGCGUCGCAUCUCUUCAAAAUAUUGUCAGCUAAUAUUUUUUUUAUUUGAAAUAAAAUCAAUAAGAUCUCUUACGAUAAAUUGAAACUCUCAGUGAAUUUAUUCAAGUAAUUACAUUCAAUUUCAAUUAUUUAUAUUUUUGUGUAUUUGUCGAGCUUUAUAGAAUUCGCUUCUACGCUACAAAUAGAAAUACUUCGACAGCGCUAUGAUGCGCUGUUUCUCAUUACAUCUUGAGCGCCUGGUAGGGCGAACCGAGGUCAGCGAUCUUUCCGGCCGUGAUUCCGCUCCAGUCCGCUGUUUUCGCUGGUGAGUGAUGCGGUAUCUUAAACGCAUCUCGUUCGUGUUAUUAAUACGCAAUGGGAGUAUCGUAAUCGCGUUCUUCCCCUUAUUUGAAGAAAAUUCAAUAAAUGUUUUCGCAAAUCUGCAAACUAUAAGGAUUGAUCUUAAUUUUAAAAUUUAAAAUAUAACAGAUACCUACGUUCACAUUUUUGUUUUUUUUUUUGCGUAACUGUCUAUCUUUAAUUUACUUCACUCUUUUUUAUUAUUUUGAUUAUUUUUUUUAACCUUCCACAUUUUUUUGUAUACUUUAUUUGUAAGUCCAAAAUUAAAGAAUUAAAUAAAAAAAACUUUAUUGUUUUUCAUAAAAUGUGAAUCGCAGUUACUCAUUACAUCCCCUUGUAUUAACGCCACGAUACGCCUCUGGUUCUACUCAAUCUUCAAUUUUUGUGCAAGCUCAAAUUUUUAGAAACUAUAACCACAGUGUGCCUUAAAAAGUUUGCAUUAUAGGUAUGGAAAACUUUUGUUAUUGACUUUGAAAAAAAAAAUGGUUCUUGAUAAAAGUUUGUGCUUCACUUAUAACAUGAUAUGAAUUUAAAUAAUUAAAAAAAACUAUGUAGGAGGACGUCAUAAAAUACGAAUUUGGUUCCCUUAUUGUAGAAAAUAAGAAAAAAAGUUUAUUUGACAAACUUGUUUAAAAGCAAUACGUCCAAAUAUAUAACAGUUUUUAUUUUUUUCCUUUAUAACUAACUAACCUAUUCAUAAGUAAGAAUACUAGCAAUAUUAACAAUACUAACAAUAAGUAACAAAAAUAUAUAUAUUUAUAUAAAAUUUGGAAAAAAUAUUUUUUUGGAGAUAGGCUGUGAAUUCAUAAUGUAGCAUAAAUAUUGUUUUUAAACUUCUCUCGUACAUGGUUAAGAUAUCUUAUAGAUGAAGCACAAAUUUUUAUCAAGAAUAAUUUUUUUUCAGUCAAUAACAAUAGUUCUUUUAUGUUAUAAGGACGAAAAGUUGAGUUUUUCGGGCGACUACGAGAAGUUGCCAGGGGAGACGUAGUCGAACCUACUCGAAAAUACACUUUUCGUCCGUUUUUCAUACAUUAUUUUUUAUUCGAAUAGUCAAUAUUUGGUAUAGUGUGGUAGUCGUCCCAAAUAUAACAUGACCUUGAUUAAUACUGUGCUAUUUUUGUUGUUGCUAAAUUUCUCGAACAUUUUACAAUUUGCUUUUACAUAAUUUUGGCAUUAAUAAUCAAUUGAUUAAAGCUCUCGGGCUAUAAGCAGAUUAUUAAUGCCAAAAUUAUAUCUCAUCAAAAUGAUAUUAAAACAUUCUCGAGAUUUAGAUUCAACAAACAUAGCCUACUAUUAUUGAGGUCUUGUAUAUUACCCUUGAUUAUUAUUUUACAAAAUAAUAAUAAAGGACAAUAUACAAGACCUUGUAGUUUUGUUGCUAAAUUUCUAGAACAUUUUACAAUUUGAUUCUAUAUAAUUUUGGCAUUAAUAAUCAAUUGAUUAAUGCCAAAAAUUAUGUCUCAUCAAAAUGAUAUUAAAACAUUCUCGAGAUAUAGAUUUAACAAAAAUAACUGACUAUUAUUUAGGUCUUGUAUAUUACCCUUGAUUAAUAUUUGUCAAAAAUUAUGUCUCCUCAAAUAAAUAUUACCACAUUCUCUAGAAUAUUAGACUAUUUAGACUAUUAUCAAGGUCUUGCAUAUUACCCUUGAUUAUUAUUUUACAAAAUUUCACAAAAUAUUAAGGGUAAUAUACAAGACCUUGAUAAUAGCUAUUUUUGUUGAAUCUAUAUCUCGAUAAUGUUUUAAUAUCAAUUUGGUGAGACAUCAUUUUUGGCAUUAAUAAUCUGAUUAAGAGUCUGAUAACCUUAGCUCAAGGAGUUUAAUCAAUUUAUUAUUAAUGCCAAAAUUAUGUAGAAGCAAAUUGUAAAAUGUUCGAGAAAUUUAGCAACAACCAAGUCAUAGUAGUGUGCAGGUGUACCGAACCUUGUGGGACUCCCGCCAUCGCUAUAGUGGAGUUGAUUUUAAUAAAGAACUGUAUCACUGGAUUAUUUUUACAAUGUGCCCAGGAAAGUCAUUCAUAAGCAUUUUGUAGAUUCACCACGCGUCCAGAUGGUAUAAAAUGCUUUUUCGCUGUCGAGCGUGAGCAGCAUCGUUUGUAGGCUUCGAUUAAACGCAUUUUUCGCGUGAUGCGCUAUUCUCAGGACCUGGUCCAAGGUGCUGUCCUUCUCUAAAGCCAUACUGUUCCCUAGGGACAAUCUGCAUACGUUGUUCGAUAUCUUUAAGUCUUUUUAAUAUCAUUGUGUCUGUAAUUUUCGAAAUUGUGUUUUACAGAGAUAUGGAGCGAUAAAUAUCGAUUUAUUGGCCGGUUUCCCCGCCUUUAAUAUUGUAAUAGUACUGGAAUAGUGUUGUAGUCUGAAAAUGGCAUUUAUUAUGUGAUAAAGCUGUACGAUAGAUUUUCUACUAAGGUUUUUAAGCAGUAUGUUGCUAAUGUCAUCCGGUCUUGGAGCUCUCCUAUUUUUGAGAUACUUAAUAACCUCACCAAUCUUUUUAGGAGAGGUUAAAAAAUACUGGUACACUGGUAGUGGAUCCAGCUGUUCAAAUAAAUCGACAAGAUUUUCAAUGUGUUGUUGCUGAGGGCUAUUCUCUUGCGGAUUGACGAAUUUUAUCUGAAAGUAUUCAGUCCAUGUUUCAUUGUGGGAAGUAGCGAACUGGGUUUUAUGAACCUUUUCACUUCCUUUCAUAAAGAGUUGUCAUUCAGUUUCAACUCCGAUAGGGUGGUUUAUAAUUUUUUAUUUCGAUGGUCUCUCUAAUUAUUAUUUUGUUGAUGGUUUUCGCAAUGUCAUGCAACCUUACCCUUUCUUCGUAUCUUCGAUUUUGCUGCCUUGUUUUUUCUAAUGCAGUUUUUGUUUUUUAUAAUAUCUGUGACCUUGGGUGGCAGCUUGUCUUAAUGUCGGCUCUUUGUCUUCGACGAAAUCUCCCAUAAUACUCGUCCACUAGCGAUAAAAUACAAUAUAAGGGUCCCACUCUGGGUGCUUUGCACUAAAUCCCCCUGCUAGGAGAACCCUGUUUCCUUUUGAUAUUAACGUGUGCAGAUCUCUACCUGAAAGUGUUAUAUUGGGCGGACUGUAUAUACCUAGGAAUGUUAAAUUACUUAUCUCUAUGAUUGAACGUUAAUGAGUGCUCUUGGAAAUUCUUUGAAGGUUAUGUUUUUUUAAGUAUGGUAGCUACUCCCCGAUCCUGCUCUGUCCGUGGGUUUGUUUCUAUCCUGUCUAAUAAUUAAAUAGUCGUGAAUUCUAUUUUUGUCUGUUGGUUUGAGAAAGGUUUCUGUCAAUAUUAUGAUGUAAAAUGUAUGCUUAUGAAUAAAAUUGCUAACACUGGUUCUAAGUAACAGUGCUGCUCCUAAAGUGGCGCUGGGAAACAGUAACAAAGCCUGCACAGAACAUGAGGCUAAUAACCUGAGUAGUUGAUGCCGAUGACACAAAAAAAAAAGACCGAACUUGUUUAGCAGCCCCGUGCACAUUGUAAAAACCAAAUUUUUUGAGAAUAUAAGAUUUUAAGUACAAACUUUGAGAGUGAAAGAAUAACCCAGCAUUUUAUUUUGUGAUAUUUUUGAUUCAUUAAAAUAACGUAGAUAUCGUUUACAGUUAAACUGACAUGUAUCAAUUUGAUAUUCACAAGUGAUAAAUGACGUUUACAGUUAAACUGACAAAUUUUGAUAUUGACAAGUAAACAGGUAGAUUCAAAUUAUUGGCAACAUACUUGUAGUUGAAAUAAGACUGCAUAAAACUUUUCCAGAUUGUACCAAAUUUCAAAGAAAUAUUAUUUUUAUCGCUAAAAGAAAGUUAAAAAUUGACUUUAAAAUUGCCGAUUCAUAACUUACUAUGAUACUCGUCACGGGGAAGUUACAUUGUUGCAUCUUUAAGGUAAAUGGUUUUUGACGAGUACCAUAUUUUUUAGUUUCUACAGAUUUCUAGUGUAAUGAUUUUGAUUGUCACAAACACUUCAGUCUUUUGUUAAUUGCUUGUUUUUUAAUCGCAAUAUAUAUAUAAUUUUUUUAAGCUCAAAUAUCUGUUCACAUCUCAGAAUAUUUUUUAAUGGCAAUUUACCAUUUAGAACCACCAAUUUUACAUUUUUUAGUAGUUAGGAAAUUGUAGUGUAUCACUAGCUAACCAAUUGGAUGCAGGUGUUUUCAAUAUGACGUUUGUGUGUCCUUAUACAUUAGUUGGUCAGUGACCUCUGCUCAUUUUGAUUCGUCAUUCCCUAACUACUCUCUUUGUCAUUUCAAUAAUUCUGUUGUAAAUUUUGAAAAACCAAUGGGACAUAUAUCUGAGUUGUUUGCUGGUUGAGUCACGUCUUUUUAAUAAUUUUUUUAGAAAUGUUUAUUUGUAAGCUGCUUCAGUUAAAGUUUGGGUAAUCAAAUUUUAGAAUGAUAUAAAAUUUAAAAAAAAUCAAAUGUGAAUUUAAAUUUUACAAAAAUAAAAUCAAAAAUACCAUUAAAAUUAUAUAUCACGUAGGAAAAAAUUUGGCUUUCCGUGUGUCACCCUGUAUAUAAAAAUUUGUAUAAAUACAAAAAAUUACUAGAGACCAAAUCUGGACUGUCUGAUGGACAAUAAUUACCUCUUAAUAUCAUUUUUUUAUGCUAUUUUUUACCGUAUUUUAGUAAAAACAAUUUUUAUCGGCCACUUACAAUUUUUUUGUUUCCAUAAAUGUGUUUUAUAAAAUACUAUGCAAUCAUUGGUGCUGAAUUUAACAAAAGAUUGAAAACAGUUUAAAACUCACGGCUCAAUAUUUGAUACAGGUUGUCUCAUUUUAAUCGAUCAGCAAGAAUAUACAUUUGUUGCUGAAUCAAAUAUUUUUGUUUUCAAGUAGAUGGGACAUUCUGUAUUUACCGUUUUAAAUUAAAAGUAACGUUUAUUUCUUCGAUUAAAAAUUUAUUUUCGAAAAGUUUAGGAUUUAUUUAAAAAAAGAUUUGUUUUUAAGUUUGUUUCCUUUAUUGAAAGCCCUUUAAAAGAAACUUACAAAAAAUUGUACUUCAGA